AUGGCAGCCACGCCGCCGAAGAUAUCGCGUGUGAAACGAUCUCCGGUGUGGGCGUACUUUGAAGAAAACGGCCCGUCGUCCGUUGUUUGUAAACAGUGCAGUGGGAAGCUCGCGCGUCAGAGCGGUACCACAAACUUGUUCAAUCAUUUGAAGACGCACCACAAGGCCCAGUACAUCGAAGUUGUUGGUGGGAAGCAGAGUGAAGAGGCGAACAAAACGGCAGUAGGAACUAAGCCAGUGUCGACGUUCUUCCGUAGCGACCAAAAGAGGCCAUGCGACAAGAACCGAGCUGGACUGAUAACGGACUAUAUCUUGGACUGGAUUGUCGACUCGAUUCGUCCUCUGUCGAUGGUAACUGAUGCAGGAUUUAUUCAGCUAAUGCAAGUCUGUGAGCCAUCGUACUCAGUGCCGUCAAGGACCUACUUAGCUGGCUUGCUGGACAAACGCCACAAGUCUUGCAAGCAGGAAUUGGUCGAGCUGCUGAAGACAGAAGGAGCGGCUGGUGUGUCCCUCACGACUGAUGGGUGGUCCUCAACUGCGACGCAGUCAUUCAUCACCCAUACCGUGCACUUUAUUAACUCCGACUGGGAACUCUCCAGCGGGGUGCUGGAGACAGGACUAUUCGAGGGAAGUCACACUGGUAUCAAACUCGCCGACUUCACUGACAGGGUAGUGCUGGAUUUCGGUAUCCAAGAUGGAGUGGUGUUGUCUAUCUGCCAUGAUGAAGCGCGUAAUAUGGUUGCUGCUGCACGAAUGCUGAAUGAACGCAAUGAGUGGACCAGCCAUGUAUGUAUGGCGCAUCGGCUUCAGACAGCGAUCCGUCACGCUCUGGAUGCGAAGGAGUUGGCAUCUCUCCUGGCAAGAAGUCGCCGUCUUGUAGGGCACUUCAAGCAUUCUUGCCUUGCAACAGAAGCUUUGACCAACAAGCAGCUGCAACUUGAUUCGUCGAAGCAGCCUGUUAGAGUAAUCCAGGACGUAGCUACCCGCUGGAAUAGCUCAUAUUAUAUGUUGCGCCGCCUCGUUGAUCUGAGAGUUGCUCUGACUGCUGUGCUCUGCGACGACAAGCUAACUCCGAAGAAGGCCGACCGCGAAUUGCUCUUGAGGGACAGCCAAUGGAAGUUGGCAGAGGAGCUAACGUGUUUGUUGGAGCCAUUUGAAGUCGCCACCACUGUCAUCAGUGGGCAGGCAUACGUCACCCUGAGUCUGCUAAUGCCGAUAAUCUCGCAUUUGCACCAGACAGUCUCUGCAGCUGCUACAGAGUCUUCCUCGGCUGCUUGCCGUCGGGUUGCGACAGUGCUGACGUCAGAACUUGAGCGGAAGUUCCAGGAUGCCUUCCAACCUACUCCGUCUUCUCUCCCUCUUCUUUGUUCUGCGUUGGAUCCACGGUUCCAUCACCUGUCCUUUCUAGAUGAUGACAAAGCAGAAGCAACAAAGCGAACCAUCUCUGAACUUGUACACCUGCAAAAGAAAGAUGUCAGUCUGAGACCGGCUGAGGAUGAGUCUGUUGAGCCAGCUCCGAAGAAGCCUAAGCUGACAGGCCUGAGCCGACUCCUUGGUCCGCCUGCCAAAGUCACAUCCUCCGCUACUGAUCUGAAGGCUGCCAUGGACAGAGAGCUCGAGCUGUUUUUCAUGGAGGAGAGCAAGGAUCUCGACAUGAAUCCCUUGGCUUGGUGGAAGGUUAAUCACCAUCGCUUUCCCCAUGUUGCUGAAGUAGCAAGACGCUACCUGUCAGCCUCAGCAACGUCCGUUCCUUCGGAACGAGUAUUCUCGUCGGCGGGAUUGCUGGUCAACAAGCUGAGGUGCAGGCUCAGUCCAGCCCAUGUAGAUGCAGUCAUUUUCCUCAACAUGAAUAAGAUGCUCCGUGGUACCAGGUCAUCAGCCUACCAGUCGUCCCUAGCUUCCGCUACCAAGGCCACUUCAGUACUCUCCGCUGUCAGCCAGGUUGCAGAUAGUGAUGAUGAGGAAAUUGGCGGCAGCUACUCACCUCCGUUCCCAGUGUUGGAUGUGUCAGACUCCAGCUCCAGCGAAGAUGCCGAGGAUGCCGAUGAGUAAAGAGGACACGUCGUGACAUUGAACAAUGAUAUCGUUGUGUUGUUCGUCUGCUAGCAUUAGCGUAAUAAGUAUUUUGAAGAGCCUGAAAUGUGUGCUUCAGAUGCUUCUUAGUUUUAUCGCAUUCUUGUCUCCGGUGAAACUGUUUACUAUUACAACGCAGUUUUUCGUUCUAUUCUCUAUCUGUCUUUUCUUCAUGCCAGGCGUGAGCCAUCCCCUGGAUAAACAAAAUGGGUGCUAUAUAUUCCACAAAAAUUACAACGCAGUUACUGAGUUACUUACAGUACGUUACUGUGUACAUCAG